GUCCCCAUGUAGCCAUCAUCUCGAACAUCUUUUCAAAAUAGAGUAUAAAGGCGCGGUCCAAUUCCUUCGGGGAAUAUAAAACAGAGUGAUGAAGGCGUGCUUCAUGCCAUCAUCCAAGAAUCUGUGCUACAAUUUCGAACCCACAUACAGACUCCAAUUCCUACGCUAAUAAAAAUUCCUCCUCGUCUCUGGCAAAGUCAAUCAGACCAGAAUAAGAAGACUCAAACAGUAUAAUAUAUCACCAAAAUCAAUUUAUAUACCUUUGUUUUCUGUAUUCGUUCAUUGAGUUUCAUCUGAAUCCCCGAAUUUCUUCUCCGCCUAUCAUUAAUGGCUUCUUCAGCAGAUGGGUUUCAUGCCCUGGACGAGAAAGCUUUGUUGGAAUACAUUAAGGCCACCCCAGCUCUAGCAAAGCAGCUUGGGAAUCAAUUUGAAGGAUUGCAAAUAAAAGAAGUUGGUGAUGGCAAUCUUAACUUUGUGUUUAUUGUUAUUAGCCAAUCGGGCUCUCUUGUCAUCAAACAGGCUAUUCCUUAUGUUCGUUGUAUUGGAGAAUCUUGGCCAAUGGCGAAGGAGCGUGCUUAUUUUGAAUCAAAGACGCUCAUAGAGCACGGGCGUUUAAGUCCUGAUCAUGUCCCUGAGGUCUAUCAUUUUGACCGUGCUAUGUGUUUAAUUGGCAUGCGUUACAUUGAGCCUCCUCAUAUUAUAUUGAGAAAGGGAUUGAUUGCUGGGACGGAGUAUCCUUUGUUGGCUGAACAUAUCUCGGAUUACAUGGCAAAAACUCUUUACUUCACAUCUCUUCUUUAUCUCACCACAACCGAUCACAAACGUGCAGUGGCCGAGUAUUGUGGCAACGUAGAGCUGUGCAGACUGACUGAGCAGGUGAUCUUUUCUGAUCCGUACAAGCUCUCUAAGUAUAACCGCUGCACAACUCCUUAUCUUGAUGCCGAUGCGGAGGCAGUUCGGAAAGAUGACAUCUUGAAGCUUGAAGUUGCAGAGCUCAAAUCCAAGUUUUGUCAGAACACUCAAGCUCUAAUUCACGGCGAUCUUCAUACUGGUUCUGUCAUGGUUACCCAAAAUUCAACACAAGUUAUAGAUCCAGAAUUUUCUUUCUAUGGGCCGAUGGGAUUCGAUAUUGGAGCGUACAUUGGAAAUCUAAUUCUGGCUUACUUUGCACAAGAUGGUCAUGCCACCAGCGAAAAUGACCGAAAGGCAUAUAAAUCAUGGAUACUGAGGACUUUAGAGGAAACCUGGAAACUUUUCCAUCAGAAGUUCACUGCUCUUUGGGAUGAACAUAAGGAUGGCCCUGGUGAGGCUUAUCUCCCAGAAAUCUAUAAUACUGCAGAAUUGCAGCUAUUAGUACAACGGAAAUAUAUGGAAGAUCUGUUCCAUGAUAGUCUUGGAUUUGGUGCUGCAAAAAUGAUAAGGAGGAUUGUUGGGGUAGCUCAUGUCGAAGAUUUCGAAUCAAUAAGUGAGGCAGAAAAACGUGCAAAUUGUGAGCGCCAAGCUCUCAACUUCGCAAAAACGUUGUUGAAGGAGAGGCGCAAAUUCAAGAGCAUUGAUGAAGUAAUAUCUGCCAUCCAGCAAGUUCAAUCAUAAAAUUUGUCUUGAAGUUAAUUGGCUAUCGUAAUGAUUUUGCAGAUUUGAGCUCAAAUCAUAUCUAGGGUUACUGUUCAAGUUUGCCAUGGUUUUUUUACCCAAAAGUCCACUUCGAAAUUUUAUUCGAUUUGCAAGAUUUAAUCUAUUAUUAAGUUUUCCAAUUAAGAAAGUUUUGCAAUCACACGAUUUGAAACCAAGAUGCUGCAUGUUAAGAAGCAUUAAGAUAAACAUGCACAGCAAUUUAUGAAUAAAUCUUUUUAUUUUUUAGACACAGAUUGAGGAGGCUAAAACAAAUAGGAUUACAUCAUUAAAACCUAAUCAAACUGCUUCAUAAUGAAUAUUUUGGAAAAAUUGAACUCUGAGUUUUUCUACCAUUGUCACUCUUACCUUACAGAUUUUCCGUUAGUUAUUUUUACUCUGAUGUUUGAAAUUUUUGCUAAUUUUGUCCAAUUGAUCUAUCUUUCGUCCAACAUAACGGAUUUUCGUGAUUUUUUUUAUAUAUAUAAAAAAUAUAGAUUAAAUCACUAAAAAUAUAUCAAUAGUUUUAAAAAUUAUAGAAAUGACCUUUAAAGUAUAUAAAAAUAACAAAACAUUCUAGUUUCACUUUUUAUUUAUUUAUUUUUUAAUCAAUUUCAUCCCAAUUCUCUUUAGUACUUUUCAUUGCCAUAAAAGUAUACUAUAUGAUUUUUAAGGAAAUAUUUAUUUAUUUUUCAAACCCUACUAUAUAAAUUAAUGUUUGUAGAAUUUGAACACUGGUUGUAUUUAUAUGAACGAGCAAUGAUAGUCAUAAUGACAAAAUAUAGUGAAUUUUGAUAGUGGCUAAUGAAAAAAUAUUUACACCACACUCACUAUACAUGUGUAUUUAUUAUUAAUUAGGAGUAAAAAGAUAAUUUAACGGGAAAGAUAAAAUUUUAUAGUGGCAAAAAAUAGGGACCAUAGGCCAUUACUCCACAUCAGUCACUAUUUUCUGUUAUUCUUUUUCACUAUACAUAUCAUUUUUCUAAAUAAAUAUUUUAAUUUUUUAAUAAUAAAGUUUAGCAGUAAUGGUACCUUUUUUCUGAUCCGAUUUUUCUCUAAAGAAUAACAAUUAAUAAUACAAUUCAAAUUGGAUUACCAAAUAAUUUACUAAUAUAUUUUAGUGCUCUAUCUAUAUUUGGCGAAAUGUGCUAUAUAGAGAAUAUAAUCAUACCUUUUUUCACCCACAAAAUCAAAACUUAUUAUCUUUUAUUCUUAAAAAGAUAAUCUAUCCCAGUCGAGUCCACUUAAAUGUGAACUUCCCACCUACAAACCUUUCAUGAGAAUUGAACUCGAGUCUAUUCCUAGAAAACACAUCAACCUAGUCAAUAGGCUUUUUUGUUUUUGUAAUUUUCAUAAAAACUUAUUAUCUUUUAUAAUGAACUUUUGUUAUUUAUAAUUCACA